UGACAUCGAGCCAGCAGCGAUAAAUUCGUCUGCUCUUUAGACGUGAAGUGUGCGGACUUGUGUGUUGCGCCGAAAACAAAUUUUUAUGAAUUUCUUUUUUACUGAGAAAUGUUUCUUCGAAAAUUGGUAUCGGUUAUCGGGCGAGAGAAGGGAUUUCAUUCUACUAAGGCACUAUUGGAAGCUGCGAUAAUAGAUGGGAACAAUAUCGCCAAGCAAAUAGAAAAAGAAGUUAGAACUUCAGUUGAAUCCUGGAUCAAAAGUGGAAAACGAAGGCCAAAGUUGGUAGCAAUAAUUGUUGGUGAUGACCCAGCCAGUAAAGUUUACGUCUCUAGAAAAGUCAAAGUUGCGAAAGCUGUUGGAAUUGACGCAGAGACGAUAACCUUCGACAAAAGCAUCUCACAAAAACAUCUGCUCAAGGCUAUUGAAAACCUCAACAAAGACACCUCUGUCGACGGCAUCCUGGUCCAGUUGCCAAUUCCAAAAUCCAUAAACGAAAGGGAAAUUUGCGAGGCGGUAACGCCUGCUAAAGACGUGGAUGGUUUCCAUUCUGAAAAUAUGGGGAAGCUUUCAGUCGAUAACGACAGUAUUGUGCCAGCAACUGCCCUAGGAGUUAUAGAAUUAAUCCAAAGGACAAAAGUCGACACAUUUGGCAAAAAUGCUGUGGUCAUUGGCAGGUCGAAACAUGUCGGUUUACCAAUCGCUCUGCUACUUCAUUCUGAUAGUAAAGGUGUCAGUGGAGCCCUAGACAUGACAACGACAAUCUGCCAUCGCCACACUCCUCCAGAGGAGUUAAAAAAAUUUACAAGACUAGCCGACGUCGUAGUGGCGGCUGCAGGAGUUCCUGGUUUGGUAAAAAAGGACAUGGUGAAGCCUGGAGCUUGCGUAAUUGAUGUUGGUAUCACCAGGGUGGAUACGGAAUCUGGGCAAAAAUUGUUGGGAGAUGUUGACUAUGAAAGCGUUAAGGAGAUUGCUGGACAUAUCACUCCUGUUCCGGGAGGCGUUGGGCCAAUGACUGUUGUCAUGCUGAUGAAAAACACACUCAAGGCUGCUCGGAAAAACCAGAGUUAAUGCAGCUUGUGACUGCUCUAUGAAAUUAGACUAAGGAUGUAAGAAAACCUGAGAAUUUUGAGAUCUUAAAAGACUGCUGGAAUGCAGAAAAAAGUAUUUUAUUUUAUUUUAGCUUUUGAGGGACGAUUUAUCAAGCACAGUAUUUUUGCCGCGAAGACACUUUAUUAUUUUGUACCUACUUUUCUAUUAUUCAUGUAGAAACGAGUUAAUAAAUUUUUUAAUUG